CUCUGGUAUUACGGUUAACGUCAGUUAGCGUUUAGUACAGUAGAUAGCAGUAUAUCGCAAGCGGUUUUGUAUAUAUAUUGUAAAAUACAUUCGACGUUUAAUCUGCUUUGUGCGAGAAAAACAACAAAGAUAACAUUUCUGUUUACCCUCGCAAUUGUCGCGCGAUUAUUUUAUUUUGUCGAACGAAAAACCCGAAAGAAAUGAUUCCGACACUUCGUUGGAACACUUGAAACACGUUUUCGACGAUGUUAAAUGAAAUAGUCAAAUUCUCGUAUGUAUGUUAUCGAUUGAGAUUCUGAUUGGUUAAGCCAGUGUUUAAUGCAAGUAUGGCCGCUCUGCCGUCACCUACGCAGGUAGCUGGAAGCCAUACCGCAAUAUAUGAAGCUUAUUACAAUCAGGUUGAUCCAAAUGGAUACGGAAGAAUUGAGGCAAUGGAUGCUGCGAGAUUUCUUAAGAAAUCCCAGCUGAGUGAUGUAAUUCUAAGUAAAAUAUGGGAUAUGGCAGAUCCGCAAUCGCGUGGAUCAUUAGAUAAAUCUGGUUUGUUUGUUGCUUUGAAGCUAUGUGCUUUAGCUCAAACUGGAAAAGAUUUAAACAUGUCCAAUUUGAGUCUUGAACUACCACCACCAAAAAUGGGAGAUAUCCCAGUUAUUCCACAAAAGACUGUCACAAAUGCUCUGCCUGUUAUUAAAUCCAUCAAUAGUGGAGAUUGGUCAAUAACUCCUACGGAACGUGCGAAAUAUGAUCAACUGUUCGAUAGCCUACAGCCAGCCAAUGGAUACAUAUCUGGAAACAAAGUAAAAGGUGUUCUCAUGGAUAGCAAACUUCCUUUAGACACUUUAGGAAAGAUUUGGGAUCUCGCUGACAUGGACAAGGAUGGUAUGCUGGAUAGACAUGAAUUUGUAGUUGCCAUGCAUCUCGUAUAUAAAGCGUUAGAAAAAUAUGCAAUACCAAGUGUACUUCCACCAGAAUUAAUGCCACCUGGUAAGAGAAAAGAUAUCGUUAAUAAGCCUAAAUCUCCUAUAAGGAAUAUAUCGGCAUCGCCAUCACCACAACCACCGCCAAUUCCACCCUUACCAAACACAAUGACUGUAAAGAGUCUGAGUGGACUCGACGAUGCAAAAAAGAACGUACAGUGGGUAGUUUCUGCUGAAGAUCAAAUAGCUGCGGAAAAAUUGUUUUUACAAGCUGACUUGGACAGAGAUGGAUAUGUCUCGGGUAUAGAAAUCAAAGAUGUCUUCCUACAAAGUGGACUUCCGCACACCGUAUUAGCUCACAUAUGGGGCCUGUGUGAUACUUGUCAAACUGGGAAGCUGAAUAAGGAACAAUUUGCCAUAGCAAUGUGGCUCAUCAAGCAGAAACUUAACGGUAUAGAUCCUCCAGCAGAAUUGACUCCCGAAAUGACACCGCCUUCUCUACGAAAAACUGGAGAAACUAUUGUGGAGAACAAUAACAUAUCAGGUUACUCAAAUCCAGAAUUAGAUAUGAUCAGUAAAGACAUAGCGGAGCUUGUACGCGAAAGACAAAGUAUGGAGCAGGAUAUAGCGCAGAAGGAAGCUGACAUUAAAAUAAAAAACGGAGAGAUUAAGAGCCUUCAAAGUGAAUUGGACACCCUCGCGGCAACCUUAAAACAACUCGGAAAUCAGAAGGGUGAGGCGCAGAAGAGAUUAAAUGACUUGAAAGCGCAGAAGGCUGAAGUAGAUAGGAAUUUGAGUGAAGUCGAAGAGAAGAUUCAGGAGGAACUGAAGAAGGUCGAUAAACUCCGUCAACAAGCCGAGGAGCAAGAAUCGGUAUUGCGAACCCAAGAAGAGGAACUCAAUCUCAAACGACAAGAACUCGAGGGAUUGCGACAAGAAGAGCAGCAAUUGGAACAGCAGCAGAACAAAAACAGGGACCAACUAAAUGAACUGACGAAAAAAUUGCAGGACACUCAGCUAGAGAUUUGUCAAGCGAAGGCGAAAAUCACUCAUUUGCAGGAACAGCAACGUCAAAUGAGCGACGCUAUUGCGCUUUACGAUUCCGCUCUCGCUGCAGGGGACGUCAAUCUUGUACCUGAUACUAGUCUACAGUUCGUACCCGAGUUUGAAGACGAAUACGAAACGAAGAAUGCGGAUGAAAACAAGGAGGAAGCAAAGACAGAUGCUUUUUCGAAUGCAACUGAUGCAUUCGAAAAAGAUGGAUUUGGAGAACAAGAUCCUUUUGCAACAAAUAAAGCCAAAGAAGCGUUCAGCGCAUCUGCAGCUGAUCCAUUUGAAAGCGCAUUUUCUGCGCAACCGUCUAAUACUGGUUUCGAGGCGGAUCCUUUCACUGCGUUCGAUCGUCCUAAUGUAACAACGAAGCAAGAUCCUUUCGAUCCGUUCGGAAAUGGGAAACGAAACGAUACGAAAUUAUCUACAACUACGAACUCGAAGGAUCCAUUCGGGGACGAUCCCUUCGCGAAUCUUCACGCUCCUCCGCGCCCCGAGAGCCCGAGUCCUGCUCUUCCACCGAAAAAGGCAAAGCAACCGCCACCGCGACCAGCUCCGCCACGACCUAGUCAAGGUCCCACCGGCCCGUUAAGAGCGGCGCCGGCUCCCCCAACGCCUUCACCUACUCCUGAUCCGUUUACAAACGCAAACUCGGAUCCAUUUAGUGCUCAGCAAACAACGAUGGAUAAUAAUAAUAGUUUCACCUCUUCCACCGGAUUUGCCGAUUUCGCCAAUUUUGAUUCCAAGCCGGAUGCAACGCUUAAUCGAACGACUCCACCGAGACCGACGACUAGAACCUACGUACCUCUAUUGGCGCAACCGAAGCUGUCAGAUUUCACGGAGGAUCCUUUCCGGGACUACCGUUACGAGGAUCCCUUCAAUAUAUCGGAUCCGUUCGCCGAUCAAACGGAAGAUGUGAACGCGAACAAAAGCAGCGGAACGGACAAAACGGAUCCCUUCGGGUUCGAAACAACUUUCUCGGGUAAAAAUGUUUCGACAACUAAAGCUUUCGACAACAAUUUCACUUACUCGCUCGACAAGACGAAGAUCGAGGGAAGCAACGUGAAUAAGUUCAAUGCCGAUUUUGGGAAAGCGUUUUCCGUCGACAACAAGAACAUCAAAGACGUCGAAGCUAAUUUUUCCCACACGUUUGCGAACAUUAAGACAAAACCUAUUGAUCUCGAUGAAGCGUUUUCGACUAAGAACACAAAAACCUUCGCAAAGCACGUGUCAGACGUAGCUCAUAUAAAAACUAAUAAUACAUAUAAAGACCAGAAGCUUCCGAGCGAUUUUGACAAAAUGUGGAACGGCAAUAAUGUCACUAAUUUAUCGGAGGAGGAGCAACUAGCUUGGGCGGCGAAACAGAGCAUAAGAGCGGAAGAGGAGAGACUUAAGCGUCAAGAAAAGGAGGAUGCCGAGUUAGCUCUCGCUAUCGAACUGAGUCGACAAGGAAAAUCAGAGAACAUUUGAGCUCUCCGGAUCGGUACGUUAUUUCUUAUGUUACAUUACCAUCUAUUGCUAGUACUAUCAUACGAGUAGUAAACGAAAUGAAGUCGCAAGUUAUCAAAUUGACAAUAAUGUCAGAUGCGGAUACAAGAGAAAAAUUGUUUUGGACGUUAUUGUGUCUCGGCUGUUUUUCUUUUGUUAGUCGUAUAUGUAAGAGAGUGUUCAUGUGUUUUUCUGUAUAUUUAAAAAAAGUUUGUGAAAUUACAAUCAACGGAUUUGGUUUCUCUUCGUUUUAUUUUUUUUUUUAGAUAUUGAAUUUUUAUUUUAGAUAUUUUUUUUUUAGAAAUUAAAUCUUGAUUUUCUAUCAAUUUUCCGUGAUCGAACGUGCACACAAUUUCUUCUUUGAAAAUACGAGCUGUGAAAACUGUGAAACGUCGAGCGCGAAAACAUUGAGAGUCAUAAAUUACACGAAAUGCGAUCUACGUGAUUUCUUAUCUUUUUAUGCGAUUUGUAUGUUAUCACAAAUGUGCUUUUUAUUGAAAUAAUUAAUUUUCAUUGUUUGUUCUUCUAUUUACAAUAUUACGGUACAUGAUUGAUAAUAAAAAAAAAACGUAUCAUACGUAUCAACGUGAGAAUUUUGUUUUAAAAGCGUUAUUUGAUUGAUAAAAAUAAACGGUAACACACAAUAUCCUCAAGUACAUUAUAUAUUAAUAUAUAUACAUUAUAUAUUGAUAUAUAUAUAUACACAUUAUAUGUAUUGUAUG